GUCCCAGAUUCUAUGCUUCUCUUAUCUUGCUUUAUAAAAAGCCCUGCUUGGGGGUUCAUCUUUGGCUUGUAAGACUUGGUUAUAAAACAAGUAAUUAAGUAAGAGCAGUCUGUGGAAAACUUGAAGAACAGAAGAUCGAAGCGACUGGAUCAGAAAAAUGUACCAACAUCAAGGGAAGAACAUCCACCCUGAGAGGCAUUUGUUCCUUCAAGGAGGGAAUGGCCCUGGAGAUUCUGGUCUUGUUCUUUCAACCGACGCCAAGCCAAGACUCAAGUGGACGCCCGAUCUUCAUGAGCGGUUCAUCGAGGCUGUCAAUCAGCUCGGAGGCGCUGACAAGGCUACUCCUAAAACAGUAAUGAAACUAAUGGGGAUUCCUGGCCUUACCUUAUACCAUCUCAAGAGUCAUCUGCAGAAAUACAGACUCAGUAAGAAUCUCCAUGGACAAGCUAAUAAUGGCAGCAACAAGAUAGGUGCUGUUGCAAUGACAGGUGAUAGAAUGUCUGAAGCAACUGGAACUCACAUGAAUAACUUAAGUAUUGGCCCUCAAACAAACAAAGGAUUACAGAUCGGCGAAGCGUUGCAAAUGCAAAUCGAAGUGCAGAGAAGGCUGCAUGAACAGCUUGAGGUGCAGCGACAUUUACAGCUUCGUAUUGAGGCUCAAGGGAAAUAUUUACAGGCAGUGUUGGAGAAAGCUCAAGAGACACUUGGAAGACAAAAUUUGGGUAACAUGGGACUUGAAGCAGCCAAAGUUCAGCUAUCUGAAUUAGUGUCCAAAGUGUCCAACCAAUGCCUGAACUCCGCUUUUUCGGAUUUGAAAGACUUGCAAGGUUUAUGUCCCCAGCAAGGACAAACACAAGCAACUCCACCUACUGAUUGUUCAAUGGAUAGUUGCUUGACAUCAUGUGAUGGAUCUCAGAAAGAGCAAGAAAUACACAACAAUGGGAUUUUUUUAAGAACUUACAACAGCACUUCAUUCAUGGAGCAAAGAGAUCAUGUCCCGGAAGAUCGGUUGGUACCACAAACCGAGCUGAAACCGUUCACCGACAUGAAACUAGGCAAUGAUGCAGAAAGAAGAAUGUUCUUUGCUGAUAGAAGUACCAGUGAUUUAUCCAUGAGUGUAGGAUUACAAGGAGAGAAAGGGCAUGGCAGCUUCUCUGAGGGGAAAUUUAAUGGCAGAAAUGAAGAUCAAGAAGGUUUCAAGCUGCAAACAGUUAAUAGACUACCUUAUUUUGCAACAAAGCUGGAUUUAAAUGUCCAUGAAGAAGUUGAUGCUGCUUCAAGCUGCAAACAGUUUGAUUUGAAUGGCCUCAGCUGGAACUGAAAAGGGAUCCAUCAAUCGAUCUUCGUAGGUAGAUAAACAGAAAGUGACCGGAGUUCCAUCGGAACCGGAGGCUCGGAGAAGAAUGCUGUACUUUGUGAUUCAUCUAUGAUCAACUUGAAAAAAACCAAAACCCAAUUCAAUCUUUAAUUGAAUAAAAGUUUGCAGCAACUACAUAAAACAUAUAGAUAUUAGCAGCUAAUCACUGUGUUUUUCAUGUAAUGGAACAUGAUGGACUGAUCUGAUUUGAGCAUUAGUGUUAUUAAGUGCUCAAAGACUUUGCUUUUCGUUUGUACAUCAUAACUUUUUAAUUUAACAUGCUAAUAUAUAUUAUAUAAUUGAUGAAA